AUUCUUUACAAUUAAGCUUUGUGUGGUUUUAUAUGUGGUAUUGAGACUGGAUGAUAGUCUAGCUUGACUUACUAGCCUUGAAUUAAUUCCCAGCAAUGCUAUAAACCAGAGGUAGACAUACCCGAUUCUGCCAGCUGCAUUGCUUAUUUGAUUGAAACAGCAAAUGCACAAGUUAUCGAUCUUUCAACUGAUGCAACAAAAGAUUAAACUAGCACACGUUUGCUUGAUCAUACAACAUAUAUAGUCAAAGUUAAUCUGCAAUUCUGGGCAUUUCUAGAAACUUGGCACGUGAAGCAUAUGGAAAAAUGCAGGAGCUCUAAUCAAUAAAAGAUAAGCUUGUAAUUAAUACAUGGAAACAAACUUGGCUGCAGCAAAGUGAUAAUCUCUAUUACUCCCACCGAUUGAAAUAAAGCGGUUGAAGCAACUAGAAAUAGAGCUAGUUUGUGAGGUUUGUGCAAGGUAGAGAGCAAGAGAGCUAGUAAGAAAGAGCAGCAGCUUUUCGUGUUGCAGCAAAAUCAGUGCCUGGACUCCUUUUACUUCAUACCAAUCUGAACAAAGGUAUGGAUUUUAUUCGAACAAGUGAUAAGGUGAGCAUUUGAAACUUUAUAGUGGAAGGUUGGUUGCUUUUGUGUCAUUAAUUUAGUUAUAAGCCAGAGUGUGUGGUUUUCAUUUUUGCUUUCUAUUCGCAUGUUAUUUAAGUUGGAAGAAUAAUACCUUAUAUUCCAUGCAAUGGAAUAUGCUACUUCAUUGUUAAUGAGAAAAUAAAGUCCGAAAUGCUUAGUAGUUUUGUGGAACAGAGAUUUUUGCGUGGGUUUCUUUGUUUAUGCAGAGGAUUUUCCUUAGCCAAUGAGUGGAGCACUGGGAUGGGGCUACCAUUCAUAGGCUAGUAUAAGAAGGGGAGGAUGAUAAUCAAAGGGAUGAAUGCCAAUAUCUUUGGGGUUUGGGACUCUGCCUUGAUUUUUAUAUUAAAGGUCAUAUGGCACCAUCAUCUACAGAUUCUGGCUCCUUUGGGAACACUAUAAUUGAUUUCUACUGGGUUUUCUGGUGGGAAGCUGGUUCAUGGAACACAAUGGACAUCACCCAUGAUAGAGGUAAACAUGUAACAGUUGAUAUUGGUUAUUCGGAUGUACUUAACCAGCAGAGGAAAACUCUAAAUCCUACUGUCCCCAUAAACCCACAAAUUAACACAGUAAGCAGAGAGAGAUAAAGAACUCCACCCAAACAAGGCAUUCAGGAACACAUAACAAUCAAGAACACAAGCGACAAGAAAGAACCACAACAUAUAUUGCAGCAAACAGUAAAAAAACACUCGACUCAAACCCCAGGCUGUCUUAAUUUUUUCCCUCUAAGGCAGCACGCUUUAGAACAAGCUCAAGAACAAGCUACAAUCACCGAAACCAUCUUCAGCUUUUGAACCAGCGAAACAUAAUCUAGUUUUAGAAAGCAAUUAGAACUGCUACAGAAGACCGGUGGAAGGAGAAAGGAGAACCCACCGUAUCAAGGCGUCGCCCUUGCCGAUUGGAGAGGAAUUCGAAGAGGAUUCUUGAUGGUGGGACAGGAAACGGAAUUCGAAACGGCUGUGUGGAGGAAAGAAAACUGUGACCUUCAGAGGAGGAUUGAUGGUCGCUGAUUCCUGGUUGCUGGGCGGAGCUCUGGUGCUUGUCAAUUUUGCCGCCGAUGAACAAGUACGCGAGAAGUUUGCGCGGGGAGUGCUGGGAAGAGAAGUAACGUUUGGUAAAGUUGGUGUUUUUGAUUUUGUUUAUUUUUCCUUUUCUUCUCUGUGUUUGGGUCCAACCGUCCAAGUUUAGUUUUUUUUUUUUCCUAUUAUUAUUUGGAUGUCCCUUUCAAUUGUUUGUAUUUUAAAAGUUAUGGUAAGUUGAAUAUAAAUUCAUGUUUUGCAAC